CGGCAUGCAGCAGCAGCAGCAGGCAGCAGCAGCAGCAGUCCGGUCCGAGGCAGCAGCGCGUCGGGUUCUCCAGCAGCUCCGCUCCGUGUAUUUCCACUGAUCCCCCGUUUGAGGGAUUCAUUCAUCCCAGUCAGAGCUCGGUCUGUCCGCUCGGCACCCGUCAGCCCCCUUGCCCCAUUUCCAGUCCGUCCAUCCAGCUGUUUUUAUUCCCUCCUUCCAUCCAUCCAGCGGUGCGCUGCGUCCGCAUCUGCGUGCGGGAAGCUCCUUUUUUAAAUCAGCGGACCUGGCCACUUUUUGUUGUUUUUCUUUUGAAUUUCUCUCUCUUUCUCAUCAGCGUGUCAUCACCGGGAGAUCCUUCUGCAUUCAGCGGUCGCGGACACUGCGAGGAUGACCGGCUGACCUCGGAGCUCACUGACCGGUUCGCUGAUCUUCGCUGGCCGCAGCUGCCGUCAUGGCCAAAAGCCCGGAGGUGAAGCUGGCCGUCUUCGGCAGAGCGGGGGUGGGGAAGUCAGCUUUGGUGGUGAGACUUCUGACCCGACGCUUCAUCUGGGAGUACGACCCGACACUCGAAUCAACAUAUCGUCAUCAGGCCAACAUCGACGAUGAGGUCGUCACCAUGGAGAUCCUGGACACUGCCGGGCAGGAGGACGUCCAGCAGAAGGAGGGUCACGUGCGUUGGGGUGACGGGUUUGUCAUCGUGUACGACAUCACCGACCGGGGAAGCUUCGAGGAGGUGGCGCCGCUGCGAAGUCUCCUCGAGGAGGUGAAGAAGCCGAAAAACGUGCCUCUGGUCCUCGUGGGCAACAAGUCCGACCUGGACCACGUCCGGCAGGUCGGCACGGAGGAAGGCGAGCGGCUGGCCGCCGAGAUGGCGUGCGCCUUCUACGAAUGCUCGGCGUGCGCCAACGAGGGCGGCACCGUGGCCGAGGCCUUCCACGAGCUGUGCCGCGAGGUGAGGCGCCGCAAGGCCGUGCAGGGCAAGGCCAGACGCCGCAGCUCCACCACGCACGUCAAACAGGCCAUCAACAAGAUGCUGACCAAGAUCAGCAGCUAGGGAAGAGCCGCCGCGGGUCGCACGGAAAUGUCUCGAAGGGAUCGUCGGCUCCGGGAACGGACGAAAUGCGACUGAUGUUAAGUGGAAUGUGUUUGUUACUUUACUCUCUGAUCGCGUUCCAUCAUAAAAAGGCGAUGUCUCUGGAAGAGGGUCGAUCACGGGAGCCUUGACGGAGGAUUUGCCGUCCUAACUUCUGAGCUCAUUUGGAUCAAAAUAAUUCUGGAUGCAGGUGAGAUAUUUGUUUGUUUCUCCGUAUCUCGUGUGUCGGGGGAUAUUGUGAUGUGCUUCGGCUCACAUGUGUGUAACUGUGAGGACUACUGUCACAUACAAGUAGAUCCUCUGUCAUUCCUCCUGCCUGCCAUUCCAACCGACGUUGUAAAGUCCACUGCAUUAUCGUGACAUGAAACGUUUUUCCAGGGACGCUCGUCAUGGCUGUAAUAAACACUGUAAACUACAGUUUGUAUUAUUUGAUAUAUUAACAAAGCUGUCUAUUAAGUGUGUACAGAGCCCCAAAGGCAUCUACAGUAGAAUACUGCAAUUGUUUAAAUGGAACAUGUUUUUAUGUACGUGACCUGUAUGAUCAAAACAAACAGCUGUGCACUCGUUCAUUAAAAAUGGACAUAUAUCCCA